CUGCUCUUCUUCUCCUUUCUUCCCACUGCAGCCACUCGAAAGAAAAAAAAAGGGGAACCCAACCAUGCCUUUGAGAAACCGGUGAGAUAAGCUUGGUUUUCUCCUUCCUUUCUUGCUCUAGAACACACCUAGAACUCAGAAAUCUUCCCCCCUGCUGGAAAAGCCGAAUAUGCCCUGCUCUGCUUUAUCCUUCCGCCGGCUGCUCUUGAUUGUGGGUGAUUUCUGGGCAUUUUUUUUUCAGACUAAACCCGUUUUACACAAGUGUGACUGAUUUGAAGUGAAAUGUUUUAUGCUUUUCAUUAAAUUGAGCAUGCCUACUUGAAAUUUAAGUGACUGUCCUGAUGAUCUGAAAGUGAUAGUGAAUUAUGAUCUUUCUGUUAACUUCUGCCUAUUUUGUCUCCGAUGUGGUCAUGUUAUUCGUGACCCUGCUAGUGGGGGAGGUUAUAAACACUAGCACAUGUCGGCACAUGUCGAUAUGUUAUUCGUGACCCGGCUAGUGGGGGAGGUUAUAAACGCUAGCACAUGUCGACAUGUUAGUGAAAGAGCCAGUUUGUUCAACCCAGCUAGUGGGGGAGGUUAUAAACGCUAGCACAUGUCGACAUGUUAGUGAAAGAGCCGGUUCGUUCAACCCAGCUAGUGGGGGUUAUACACCAGCAAAUCGUGGCCCUGCUAGUAGGGAUUAUACACUGGCCGUGACCUAUAGAGGAGACGACUAUUUCGUACCCGUACUGUAUCUGUUUUCGUGAUUGUACUUGUUGGCAUGCUUUAAGUUUGAUAAGGGGCAUUCCAUAUUUACUUACUGAGUUUAUCUCAUAGUUUUUCCUUGUCCACCAUUUCAGGAAGCGAAAUUGAGGACAAGGAAACCAUGGGAAGUGACGAGUUAGAAGGCUAGCCAUAUUGUAAUUUGAUAUGAAUUUUAGAAACAAAUCAUGAUCUUGUAUUUGGAGAUUUUAUUGGAGACUUAUGAUAUCAGAGAGUUUAUAAAAUUGAUCUUUAGAUUUUGAUGGUAUCAGAGUGUGAAUUUGAUAAGUUUCGAGCCUUGUGCAUUUGUGGGACCCGUCUCACGAGUGCACGGCGUCUGUCGCGCCUCGAAUUUGGGUUUUGGGGCGUGACAAUUUUUCUCA